AUGCCUCUCGUCUUCAAGGCAACUACCCUCCUCUCAGAUGUUCACCUUAUCCUUCGCGUGCACUUGCUGACUGAAUGGUUCGCAUAUGAUUCUGCCAUCAGCGUGGGCGCCAACACUCCUGGCCCAACCGACAAAUCCCUCCCAUCUGAAAAGCUGUCUGAAACUUCGUCUCAUCCUGAUCUGGCGACGCGUCUCAAUGGCCUUGUAUCGGAAAUUUGGGCCCAUGAACAGGAUGGUGGGAUCCGUGGUGAACAAAAGAGGAAACUUGAGCAAGCAAUGCGAGAUAUCGAGCUGGUUCUAGAGGAUGAUCUGUCUGGCGCAGAUGACUCUGAAACAAGCACUCCGCAGUCAGGAAUACCAAUAGAAGAAGAUCGCCAAACUGCCUCGGAACAAGAUCUUGAUGCGGUUCGAACGAGCCUAGCCGCUACCGUCGAAGCCAUGCGUAUGCGCCACCAAGAGCAGAGACAUUUGCAUCAACUCACUGUCCAGAAGCUGGAGGCAGUUGCGCAGCGAUGCCUGGACCAGGAGAAGCAAUUGCGAGAGCAUGCAGAGAACAUGGCCAUACUGCAGCACGAAAAUCACCUUCUGAGGCAACAAAAUGACCGCAUGCAUUCAGAGCUCAACCACGCUCACACAGAAUCGGCGAAGAAAGAGGUGGCUGUCAAUGCUAUGUCGAGCGCAGUUUCUGGCUUGGAAGGAUGGAUUAAUGCUUCUCCAACCCCCACUCACAGUGCGCGACGAGUUGUGACAAGAGGUCGCGGCCGAUUUCGUGGUCGAUAUUAUGUUGACGAAACCCCUGAACCCUCACCAAGAAUUGGCCAGGAUGGCAUGCCGGACGCGAAGGCAUUACACGAGGGUGUUACUGCCUGGCUGCGGGGGUUCCGAGAUGUCGAAGAAGAGCUGAGAGCGUUGAAGCACUCAAAUCCUUCACCACGCAAAGCAGGGAAGAGCAAUUUCGACUUCAGUGAUGAUGAAUGGGGUGAUUUUGAGAGUGCACCUGCGUCAUGA